AAACAGCUGAUAGAAUAGUUGGCACUGGGAACCGACGCGCGGUGAAGCGGCGGGCGCGGGGUUCGCAGGCGAGUGAAGUCAGCGCUCGGAACGCAGCGCAGCGCCACAGACCGUUUCUGAACGUGGCACACGUAUUAUCGGCGUGCUCGGAGAGCGCCACCGUACCGUACAAUUCCGUUCUCCAUCGAUUCCACCGACAGUUGCGAUUUCGCGCUCAUGGACGAAGAGUUGUGUUGUUAGUUUUAUUAUCGGUAAUAUUUGUGAGUGAGAACAAUAACUGUUGCGAGUUGGGAGUUGAUGUGUACUGUUUUUGGAUUUGCAAAUUGCCAAAUGGAUUCGAUAAGAGUGAAUACGAAUACCGGGUCGCCGAUAGCGGCGGAGAUGCUGGCGCACCUGCUGAAGACCCGGCCGCCGCUCAGCUCGCUGCUGGCGCCGGGCUGCGACUCCGCCGCCGGCACGCCCGCCGCCUCGCCCGCCGCCACCUCGCCCACCUCCUCCGCUGAUAAAAUUGACAACCGCGACCCCUUCGGCUUCUAUCCCGACGCGCCCGACAUGCGCCGCGAGGAAGAGCGCCUGAAGACGUUCGACAAAUGGCCCGUCGCGUUUCUCUCGCCGCAACUGCUCGCGAGGAACGGGUUUUAUUAUCUCGGCCGCGGGGACGAGGUGCGGUGCGCGUUCUGCAAAGUGGAGAUCAUGAAGUGGGUGGAAGGCGACGACCCCGCGAAAGACCACCAGCGCUGGGCCCCGCAGUGCCCGUUCCUGCGGCGUCACGCCGGCUCCGGCAACGUGCCCAUGGAGGCGUCGCCCACCUCCGCCGGGCGGGACGAGUGCGGAACCCGCGCGCCCGUCGCCGUCAACCCGGUGCGCAUGCCCGGUCCCGUCCACCCGCGGUACGCGACCGAGCCCGCGCGCUUGAGGACCUUCAGCGACUGGCCCCGAAGCAUGCGCCAGAAGCCCGAGGAGCUCGCCGAGGCGGGCUUCUUCUACACCGGCCACGGUGACAAGACGAAGUGCUUCUACUGCGACGGCGGGCUCAAGGACUGGGAGAACGACGACGUGCCGUGGGAGCAGCACGCGCGCUGGUUCGAUCGCUGCGCGUUCGUGCAGCUCGUCAAAGGGAAGGAGUACGUGCAGAAGGUGAUAUCCGAGGCGUGCGUCGUCCCCGCCGCGGAGCCGGCGAAGGCCCCGUCGACCUCCGAGCCGACGGCCGAGGCCGCGGCGCCGCCGGCGGAGCAGGAGCGGCCGGAGGACGACGCCAAGCUGUGCAAGAUCUGCUACAACGAGGAGCGCAACGUGUGCUUCGUGCCGUGCGGGCACGUGGUGGCGUGCGCCAAGUGCGCGCUGGCGACCAACAAAUGCGCGGUGUGCCGACGGACGUUCACGAACGCGGUCCGCCUCUAUUACUCGUGAGGCGCGUCCGGAGCCGGACUUGUUGCUAGUCACUUCCCCGGGCGGCCCUGACGCGUGCUGAAACCACGUGACCGCUUCUACUGUGAUUUAUCUAAUUUUUUUUUUUUUUGGUGUAAUUAAUUAUCUAUUUGAAAUACAAAGCGGUGGGGCAAUUCUAGUACUCCGGGUGACCGAGGUAAAACAGGAGUUAAUUGUAGAUGUUGAAAUGAUUUUAAAUUAUUUAUUGUUUUAAAAGUAUAAAUGUCAUUAAUUGUAAAUAAAUCUAUUGUAAAUAUUAGCUUAUCAUUUUGUCCCACCGACAAAAAUGAAAGUCCUUGAAUUGAAACUUUCUAAUGCAAUGGCAAAGUCGUCGCGCAUUUAUUAACAUUACGAUACUAGGCAUCGGUAGACUCCAUAGUUCGCUGCACACAUCCUAACAAUCUAAUUCUUCGAUUUAGUGCACAGAUUCAGUGACUUUGUGUAUUGCAUUAUAAAUGUAUUGUAACGUUUAAUUCCAUAAUGUAUAGAAUUUAAUUGAAAUAUUUUUUUUCCAUACAAUUUUUAGUGACUGCACAUAUUGUAAGUUAGUAAUUUGUGUUGGUGCAGAAUGAACCAUAAAAAUGACUUGAUGUUAAACAAUUGUUCCUGUAAAUAGUUUAUUUUGACAAUAACGGGAAAAUUAAAGUAUUAGGUAGACAUACGAUAAAAGAAAUGUAAAGUCGUAAAACACGCUCAGAAAUUUUAGCCAAAAAUAAAAUUGGUUUUAUUCAAUCGUAAAAGUGAAUUCAUUAAUAAAUUUUCUGAAGUUGUUAGGGAUUUUAUUAAUGGUUUUACCGAAAGUUUGCAUUUAAUUUAAAAUUUUAAUUAUAAUAUAUCUAUUACAAAAUAAUUAAAGACAUGCGAAAUAAUAAUUGGACUUUGAAAGCACAGAUUUUAAUUAAUUAAUAAACUAUUCAUAUCAUGUAUAAUUCACCUAAUUGAUAGUAUCACAGAACUGAUUUUAAUUUUAGCCUUAAUAACAUUUAAAUAUAUCACUGAAAUUAAUUAUUGAGAGAAUUUAUAAGAGUCACAUUCAGUAAUAUGUUUUUGUCAUAGAUAAUAAUUAAGCCGAUUAUUUCUUCCUGUUGAUGUUAUUAAUAAAGAUAAAAAAUGUUAAAUUAAA